GUUACCAGUUCUGUUUUUGUAGUUCGCAUGUUAUUCGUUUCGCGAUUGCGUUCGUUAAUCGUUAUUAGUCAGAUAAACUUGAAAAAGUGUUGAAUUGUAAGAAUGACUUCCAAAGGGAUCGAAAAUGUGAAUCCACAGUUAUUUACGAAGAAGACAAAAAGAGAAAUAACAAGUGAAGAAGAAGAUGAAUCAGUAGAGGAUCCCAUAGAUGAGAGGGAAAUAUUCGAUUUGCUAAGGGAUAUCAAUGAUCCUGAACAUCCUAUGUCACUUGAAGAACUGAAUGUUGUACAAAUCACGAAUAUAGAAGUGGAUGACAAAAAAAGCAGUGUUAAAGUCUUUUACACUCCAACGAUCCCUCAUUGCAGCAUGGCAACUUUAAUAGGACUGUCCAUCAAAGUGUGUCUUCUCAGGUCUCUACCACCUAGGUUCAAAGUUGAAGUAAACAUUUCCCCAGGCUCACAUGCUUCAGAGGAAGCUGUUAAUAAACAGCUAGCUGACAAAGAAAGAGUCUCAGCCGCUUUGGAAAACAGCAAUCUACUUGAAGUUGUUAAUCAAUGCUUAGUAAAAAGUUUGGAAUAAUAACCAUUUUAUCAAUACAUUAUGGAUGAAAAUGCAGUUUAUUUUGAUGGAACACAUUCAAAUCUAUUCAGUGACAAUUACUUUACAUUGUCCCUGUUCAUUUACAUGCAAUUAGAACCAUGAAAGUUGUAAACUACUUUAAACCACUUUGCUUCAUUUGAGCAUCUUUGGACCCCAAUUAUGUCAUUUAAAAUAUUUACCUAAAAA